CAGCUUUAGAACUCACGGACCUGAAAGUGAUCAAUCAACCCCCCCUUCUUCCAUUAAGUAGCAUAUGUAGCAUGCAGUUCGAUGCUUCCCAUCGAGGAAUCCAAGGGCUAGACACAUUUCCCCCAUCCCAUCAUAUCCUUGUCUACCCAUCCAUUAAUCCUGGACGGGCCAGAUCAGGAACAGGACAGCCCUUUUCCCAUCCUCUAACCCUCUUUUAUUUUCUUCUUCUCCUUCAACCCACUACUAAUCCCUGUAACAACCCAUCUCUACUUGUACGACAACCACUAACGACCACAAAGCCAAAGAGAUUGAAUGAAAGGGUUCCUUUUUUUUUUUUUUCUCCCACGCCCCCCCCCCCUUCCAAUCCAUCCCACCAUCUACUAUUAUCAUAUCUGCACCCAAACGUACAGAUUAUCUCUUUUCUCCAACCCCCAAACCUCGUUAUUAUUAUUAUUCCCAAAUACUUACUUCUCUAUCCAUUUUGCCUGACCUACCUAUUUACCUACCUAGCCUUACUUCUAUUAUUUUUUUUUAACUUUACUGACCUACCUAACACGACACGCCCUCUCUCCUUUUUAUUCUUUUUAUUAUUAUUUUCCUUGGUCUUCCGAGGCGACCUGCACCUGCAACCUGCAUUCCGCAUUCCUUCGUGCCGCUUGUCUUAUCGCGUCCUCCAUCCCCCCCAAAACAUCGUCACUCUUCUCCAUUUUUCCGCUCAAGUCGCGUCGGCGCCGUUGCCACAAGAUUGGACAAAUCAAUCUAGUAUCCCGUAGCCUGUCAUUCGCGCCAACUAGUAAUACACGCCCUUACAUUUUAUUGUAUCUAAUACCCGCGCGCCGCAGCCUGGCGGCGCACCCACAUUUGUCUGUAAAGAUCUCAAAACCCAUUUCCCGAGUCUGCGACACCUACUUUUCAUCCACUAUUCCACGAUCAGCGCGAUCGUCAUCCGGAGUGCUCGACUGCGAAUUGUCAUAGGGCCCCUAAAAUUCAGGCACCUCUCGUAGGGCAGCCUGAUUGCAUG